GAAGUGCUUGACGUCCCACAACAAGAGCCCAGCAACCGUUUCUUAGCACCAAGGUGAAUUUGCUGCUAAAAAAAAACCCUGGAGUUUACUAUUGAUUCGUAGCAAAAAGAGCUAUAUUACUAUGGAAGCUGCGGUUCAGAAACUUGAGGUCCUUUUAGGCAAGGCAGAGAGCGAACUGACUGCUUUGUCAUGCAAGGUUGAUCAGGAGUACAACACUCUUGCUGGAUCACAGGCAGCUAACACUCAGGUCCCAACAGAACUUAUCAGCAAUGUCCAGAGCCUUCGUAGCGAGUUGAUGCAGGUGUCUGACGAAGUUCUUGAGAUCCAGAAACAGCAGAAGAUGGUAAUGUCCACAAUCCAGACACAACUGAGUACUUUGUGCAGUCAGUUUGAUGAUCUCAGCAACAUCACUGGUCCAGCAGCUUUGACAGAAGGAAAACAGGAAGAUGGCAAGGAAAACAGCUAUGAAAGUGAUUAAGAGAAGUAACUUAAAUUAGAAUUUGAUUGUGAUACCGUGUCAAAUAACUUGGGACUAUAGUGAUUCUCUACUGCAAUUCUUGCUUUCUAAAUUGCAAGAUAAAGUGUGUGUUAUAUGUAUGAGAUUUGAAUUACAUUAAUUUACUUUUUGGUAUG